AUGAAGUGUGCAAAGCUCCAACUUCAGGAGAGAACGAAGACAGGACCAAAAGAAUCAACAGCCGAUGGACCACGUAGGUAUUGUCAGAGGCGGCUUGUUGAUCCAGAGCAAGACGUAUGGAGGAACUACGACAGGUUCAACUUUAACGAAGACGCCAAUUUUAAUGGAUCAUUUCACAAUGGUCGAUUACGUCAAGGCGCUGAUGACUUAUACCUUUCAGUCCAAAAUUUACAGUUCCAAGGAGUAGAACAACAUAGGAAAAGACCACGUACUAGCUUCAAAUACAAAACUUUAACAUCCCGACAACACCGAAUGUUUGUCAAAGAACUUGUUGAAGAUAAUUUUGAUGAGGGUGAUCGAUGCUCUGAGCUCACAUGUUACUUCUACGACGAUUACGCCAAGUAUUUAAUAAACAAUGAUCGUUCGAGACCUUCAUCAGGCAAAUCUAGCAUAUUCCUAUUUGAUGCUAUUGAACCUAAAGAAAAUGUCGCAAAAAAUAAGGUGAGAACCAAAACUUUUAAAACAGCCAAAAGUGAGUCAAAUAAAAAGAAACCUAAUGAGAUACUAAAUGGUGAUAAGAAAGAUUUAGAGUCUCGUGAUAAAGAUACAAAGAUAUCGUUUCACAAAAGUGGAAAGAGAAAAAGUUUGACAAUAUCUAGAGCCGACAGUCCCGCCACACUACAAGUUAUUCGAGUCGACGUUGUUUGCAAUUACAGUACUAGCUCGAUCUCCGAAUAUGAAGAUAAAAAACAAACUAAAUCGCAAGAAAAAGUAGCGAAGGGAGAUUCGCAUUUCACAAAUAAAUAUCUUUUGACGAACACAGUUAAGACUCUUGAUGAGAAUGCGGGCGGGGCGAGAGUUACAUUACUUUGUAAGACUUUUAAGUUAGCGGACAGAUCUGGUCUGUUUGCUGAGAAUAAAGCAAAAUCAUUGAAAAUUAGAAACGAAAAAUAAUCUCGGCUACAUAAUUCAAAUCAAUUUAUGUUUUAAGAGUUAAUUUUUUUUAAUCUGUGAGAUGUGACGUCUAUUAAAAUUACCUGCGAGCGAAUCUUGGCGCCUUCCUGGCGCCACCUUUACUUUCUAUGUAUGGUUCUCAAAUAACC